UAGGAAAGGAGGGAAGAAAGAGGCGUCUCCAGCUGGCUAUGAGUUCCUGACCAUUGCAGUGGGUUGGCAAGGCAGAAAUCCCCCCUUCUGUUCUUUUUUUAAUGAAUGCAAAUACUAAUAGCCUAAGAAUUGCAAAAUGUGGUCUGAGACCUUGUGAUGUGCAGCUGGUUCUUUGCAUUCCUCAGAAGUCUCCAUUCAGGGCACAAUGGCUGGCGAACAGAGAGUGCCACCCACGCAGACUUUCCAUUUCCCAUUUGAGGCACAACCAUGUCAAGUAAAACAGGAAUCGAAUGAGGGUUCACCCCACUUCUGGGGCUCCCCACAGAAGUGGGGCGAAACUAGGCUUGGCUAUCCACAGGCUUUGUGGGACGAUGGAACCAAUGCUCCCUUCGAAGGCCAGUGGCCCAAAAGGGAGCCAAGUGUAGACCCGCCACUGAGAUGCAUUGGUCCCGAUGUCGGUGGAGCCACUCCGCAGCCUUCCAACAGCGUAGGUCUUUGUGAGCAUUACGAGGAAAUCCCUCACGAUGCGGCCCUGGAAAGAGAGAACCGACGGCAACGUUUCCGGGUCUUCCACUACGGAGAUGUCGGCGAGCCCAGGGAAGCGUGUCAACGUCUUUGGGAACUUUGCCGGCAAUGGCUGCAGCCGGAGAGGAGCUCCAAGGAGAAGAUCCUAGAGCUGGUGGUCCUGGAGCAAUUCCUGGCCAUCCUUCCAGCAGAGAUACAGAGCUGGGCGAGGGAAAACAGGCCGCAGACUUGUUCCCAAGCGGUGGCCCUGGCUGAGGCUUUCGUGUUGAGGCAACAAGAGACCAUAGAGAAGCAGGUCCUGAUCCAUCAAGCACCAGUACAUCUCCCCAAACCUGAACAGGAGUCUUUGAACAUUGAGCCGAAGGAGCUUUACCGAGAGCCGAAAGAGGAGGACACCGAAAAUGCUGCCAUUGUGGGUGCAGAAUGGACUCCGGUUGGUGACGAAGCCGAAGAGAAGCUGGACCCAGAAGGGAAGUCGGAACUGGAAAUCCCAGAACAAGUCGGACUGCAGCAGCCGUCUACUAAAAGACUUUCUUGGUGCUUGGAAGAUGGAGAAUUUUCUGCCAACCAUGCUGAAACAGAAACACCAAGACAACCUGACAAUGGAGAGAAAACCUCUGUGUCUUCCUUGGGAAGUGAUGGGGACUUCGGUGAAAUGGAAGACAAAGUUCCUAAGAGCGAGGCACAAAAUCCAUGGGCUGGAGAUGAGGAGACCUAUCAUCAGACCACUGGCUCUAUUUCCGACGAGGGAAUCCAAGACGGAGAAGAGCUGCACAGAUGUUUGGUUUGUGCCGAAACCUUCUCUUCUGAACCCAACCUCAUUGAGCACGAAAGAAUGCAUGUCGGAGAGAAGCUCUAUUCUUGCCUGCAUUGCGGGAAAGGUUUCCGCACAGGGUCCGACUUCAUCCAGCACUUAAGAACCCACACCGGGGUGAAAAUCUUCAAAUGCUCAGAAUGUGGGAAGUGCUUCCGCCACACCUUGGCGUUCACCAGCCACUUGAGGAACCACAUGGGGGAGAAACCAUUCCAGUGCUUAGGAUGCGGGAAAAGCUUUGGGACCCGUUCUGAGCUCAUUCGGCACGAGAGGUCCCAUACCGGUGAGAAGCCUUACCGGUGCGCCAAUUGUGGGAGAAGCUUCUGCCAGAGUUCGCAGCUUAUCACUCACCGGAGGAUCCACACAGGAGAGAAACCUUUUAAAUGCCUUGAGUGCGGGAAGGUCUUUAGCCAGAGCUCACACCUUCACGGACACCAGAGAAUCCACACCAUUGAGAAGCCGUACAAGUGUGCAGAUUGUGGGAAAACGUUCAGCGGGAGGUCCCACCUCAAUCGGCACCAGAGAAUCCACACAGGGGAGAAGCUAUUUAAGUGUUUGGUGUGUGGGAAGAGCUUCUGUAUGAACUCCGACCUCGUUGCACAUGAGAGGAUACAUUCUGGGCACAAACCGUACAAAUGCCCGGAGUGUGGAAAGGGCUUUAGUCAGAAGCAGCACUUGACCAGCCACCAACGGACCCACACGGGGGAAAAACCAUAUGUUUGUUCGCACUGUGGGAAAGGCUUCAGCGUGAGCUCCAAUCUCAACACGCACGAGCGCACCCACACUGGCGUGAGGCCCUUCCGAUGCUCCGACUGCGGGAAAAGCUUCAGCCAGAAAUCCCACCUCGUUGGCCACCAGAGAAUCCACACUGGGGAGAAGCCUUACUUGUGCAUCAAUUGUGGCAAAAGCUUUGGCUCAAGCUCAAACCUUAUGGCACACAUGAGAAUCCACAGUGGAGAGAAAGCCUAGGUCAGUUCCCAAUCUGGCUUACAACAGUUGGACGAAGAACUUUAAUCCUCCCUCUCAACUAUCUCCUUAUGUAUUUAUUUGCUAACGUUCCCAUUUAGAUGCUAGAGCAUUUGGAAAUACGAGGGUUAUCCAGAAAGUAGGGUUAGACUA